GGGCCGGGAGGGCGCAGAGGGAAGGGGACCCCGGCGGGCCCCACAGCGCGGGCGGCGGGUGUCGGGCAGCGGCGGCUCGCCCCGGGGGCCAGGCUGGGAGCGACCACGGGCACGGCGCCCCGUCCCUCCCGUCCCGUGGCACGGGCGGCGCUCGGCUCCUCCCUCCCCCGCCCAGCGGCGGCUCGGGGCGGCCGGUGGCGGCGGCGGCUGUGCGCAUCACGGGCCACAUCAUCGCGGGGGCCGCCCGCUUCCGCGCCUGCUCAGUGGCGGCGGCGCUCACCUAGCGCGGAGCUGUCACCGCCGCCCGGCUGCUCCCGCCCCGCCGCAGCGAUGGAGCGCGACCCCGCCGCGCUGCCGGCACCGCUGUCGCCCAGAUCCAGUCUUGGUUAUGAAAUUGUUGAAGAUCUGAGAGCAAUGAAAAAACACUUUUACUUGGAAAAAAGGAACAUUUUGGUCCACGUGUAAGUGUGGCAAGUGGUGACUCAUCUGCAAGAUUUCUUGGCUGACAUCUGAAGAACGAAGUGCUUUUCAACCUAUACUUCUGUAGCACUAUGACUAACUGUAAAGGCAGAUCUACCAUCUCCAAAACAAAUAGCAAAGUCCAUGACAGAGAAGGCUUUGUAAACUGGACCAUAAAUCUUAAUACAAUUCAGUCUGAUAAAUUUUUGAGACUGCUUUUAAGUAUGGUUCCUGUCGUUUACCAAGUAAACCAAGAGGAAAGACACAAAAAGGUGAACGGGGUCUGGCAAGAUGGAUUGCAACCAGCAGGACACAAUUUUAAUGUCAGGUCUGACCAGCACACAGAGUACCAUCACUUCUCAGAACCAAGCUUUCAUGGUAGCAAUGGACAGAGCCCAUCCACCUGUAGCCCUAAAUACGAUGAUUUUACCAGUUACAGUUACUGUGAUGGAAUGGAUGCUUCAGAAACAGAUGCCAUGUUGCAGGAUGACACUCUCUCCAGUGACAGUAAUGAAGAUGUCAUCGUGGAAGGAAGGAGGAAACAACCCAAAGAAUCGAGUAGUAUUAUGGCACUGCAGAUACUUGUACCUUUUUUGCUAGCAGGGUUUGGAACUGUUUCUGCUGGAAUGGUUUUGGAUAUUGUACAGCACUGGGAUGUGUUCAAGAAUGUUAGUGAAGUCUUUAUCUUGGUUCCUGCACUUCUUGGUCUCAAAGGAAAUUUGGAAAUGACCUUGGCAUCCAGGCUAUCAACUGCUGUAAAUGUUGGAAAAAUGGAUUCUCCCAUUGAGAAAUGGAACCUAAUAAUUGGCAAUUUGGCCUUAAAACAGGUUCAGGCAACAGUAGUUGGUUUUCUGGCAGCAGUGGCAGCAGUCAUAUUGGGCUGGAUUCCAGAAGGCAAAUACCGCUUUGAUCAUUCAGUCCUUUUGUGUUCUAGCAGUGUAGCAACUGCCUUCAUAGCUUCUCUUUUACAAGGAGUGAUAAUGGUUGGAGUUAUUGUUGGAUCUAAGAAGACUGGUAUUAAUCCUGACAACGUUGCCACUCCUAUAGCAGCAAGUUUUGGAGACCUCAUCACCCUUGCCAUACUAGCAUGGAUAAGUCAGGGUCUGUACACUUGCCUUGAGACAUAUUACUAUGUAUCUCCUUUGGUUGCUGCCUUUUUUUUGGCUCUGACUCCGAUGGGGAUUGUCAUAGCUGCCAAACACCCAGCUACCAGAACUGUCCUCCAUUCAGGAUGGGAGCCUGUUAUAACUGCUAUGAUUAUCAGCAGUAUUGGUGGCCUUAUUCUGGACACAACUGUAUCUGAUCCCAACUUGGUUGGAAUUGUUGUUUAUACCCCAGUAAUUAAUGGUAUUGGUGGCAAUCUAGUAGCUAUUCAAGCUAGCAGAAUUUCUACCUACCUCCAUUUACAUAGCAUUCCUGGAGAGCUGCCAGAGGAGGCCAAGGGUUGCCAUUACCCAUGCAGAACAUACUGUGGCACAGGAGUAAAUAACAAAUCAGCCCAAGUUCUGCUUCUCUUGGUGAUUCCUGGACACCUGAUUUUCUUGUACACUAUCCACUUAAUGAAAAGCGGACAUACUUCCUUAACCCCCAUCUUUAUUGCAGUGUAUUUAUUUGCAGCUCUGCUACAGGUGUUUACUCUGUUGUGGAUUGCUGACUGGAUGGUGCACCACUUCUGGAAAAAAGGAAAAGACCCUGACAGUUUUUCUAUCCCUUAUCUUACUGCACUGGGAGAUCUGCUUGGAACUGCCUUAUUAGCCAUAGGUUUUCAUUUUCUGUGGCUCAUAGGUGACAGAGAUGGUGAUGUUGGUGACUAAUUAUUCCAACAGACGCAAUGACUUUUCCUGGAAUAUCGACAAGACCGAUCACUCCACUUGAGGGUCCUCAAAGUGUUUGUUCCUUUUGGUCUAAGUAAAUCCAGUUGAUACAGACAUAAAAGAGCCUUAAUGCUUUUAGUUUGGUUUGCUUUUAAAAACUUGGAUGGAACUAUGAUACCUGAGAGCUUUAUUCUGAAACCAAUGUGAAUUGGUGGUAGCUUAAAGAUAUUUGAGUAGACACAAUGAAGGGCAGAUAAAUCCUUUUACCAAGUUUUAAAUUGCCUGAAGAGUUGAAGAUAUCUUCUUGCCUUGCAAUUUCAGUGCUGCAGCUCUCUGACCACUGCAUACUUGAUACCAGUAACGACUGUUAUGGUCCACACAUUUUGUCACAGGCUUUAUUUUCUGUAGAAGAAUAUGACCUUCAGCGUUUAUAAAAUUAGACACUUGAAAAGUGUCUGCAGGACUGAGCCCAUUUUCUUUGUGCUAAAAUGAGCAACCUAAUUAUUUUGCUGUUGGGAUUUAUUAGAACAAAAAUAAUAAAGGCAAAUAAUAAUA